UCCAUGGCUUUGAGAAUUCAUAUUCUUUACCCAAAUCAUUUCCCUGCACAAUCCACAAACUCCAAAACCAAUUGGACCCCUUCCAUGUAUACCCUCAAGAAUCAACCCAAGUUUCACAAAAUCUCAUGCACCAACAACGACGACAUGAGUGAUUUAGAACUGGCUUUAGAUUUUGCAACAGAGGUUGGAAAGAUGAACACCCAGAUGUUACAGAAACAGGAAGCACUUAAGAAAAGUAAAGAGCUAUUGUUUGUGGAGUUUUGCAACUACACGGGCUUGAAAUCUGAUGAAAUGAAGAAGAAAUGGAAGAAAUUUAGUGAUGAGGAAAAAUGGGUUUUGAUUAAAAGUUUUGUUUUAGAAUGGAGUGCCCAUUUUCAUCCAUUAUCUGCUAGGUCUGUUAAAGAAUUGGUUGAUGAGUACUUGGUUGAAAACACUACUCACUCCUCUUCUUCUUCUUCUUCUUUUUUCCCUGGUCUCAAAAAAUUGAUGGGGUUUUCUCAGGAUGAUGAUGAAUAGAAUGAGUUUCAGUUUUUUCUUAUUGAUUUUUAGCUAUAUUUUGAUGUAUUCUAAGAAAAAUUUAUACUUGGAUAAAUUAGCCAUUAUUCUUCUUU